CUCUGUUUUUCUCUCUUCACCAUGAUGGGAAAGGCCUCAUUGGGGUGUAAUUUCGAAGAUCGCGAAAGUGGGUUAUGUUCAGAAGGGUCUUGCAUGGAGAAAAAACUUAAACUUUUUGGUUUUGAGGUGAACCCAUCGGAGGAAUUGGCCACAAAUUGGCGGUUGAAAGGCUCUGUUGGUGAAGCCAAUGAGAGCGUGAGUUCAUCAACCACGGUCUCAGAGCAGGCCAUGGCUAUCAACAAGCCCAAAUUCGAGUGCCAAUAUUGCUUCAAAGAGUUCACAAAUUCCCAAGCUUUGGGAGGCCAUCAAAAUGCCCACAAGAAGGAGAGGUUGAAGAAGAAGAAGAUGCAACUUCAAGCCAGAAAAGCCACUCUUAGUUAUUAUUAUCUUCACCCUUUUCAAACACCCUCCAAUAAUUUCCUCUACCAUUUCCCCUCCUCUUACACCCAUCACCAUGAUUCUUCACAGAUUAGUUUCAAUCAAAACCACGCCCAAUUCAUCCAUUUCGACUCCUUUUUACCUCCUGAAAGACGGCUGUUCACUUUGACACCUGCCGACAGCUCCUCCGCCGCCGCCGCCGCCAAACCUGUCGUUUUUCAGUCAUCUUCUUCUUCUUCUUUGCCUCCUGUUGCUUCCCCUUCUUGUAAAUCUUUGGAUCUUCAACUUGGUCUUAAUUAA